GUAGAGUGUCCAGUCUGGAGGGGGAAGCAGACUACUCUGUCUGUCUCUCUCUCACACAUACACUGAGGAGGGCAAGUAGCCAGGGCUACAGCAGGAGCAGUUUGUCUGCCUUGUUGAGUGGUGGCCUUGGCCUUGGUCGAGGCUUGUUGGCCUGCAGUUCUAGGGCAAAGGAAGGAAGCUGUCACCUAUGGGGGUGGAGGGUGUGGACCUGGGGAGUCCUCAAGGUCGACCAGGUGGAGUAGGCCGCUUAGCCACCUGAAUGUCCCUUACCUGUAGGUGUUUUGUGGGCACAGGGGAGGGAUGGGCUCCCAGGCAGCCCCCAGAUAUGGGGCUCCUCUCUCUGCUCCCCAUUAGGGCUGAAUUCUUGGCUCUGCCAUCUUGCUCCCUGCCUCUCCUGGGGCUGUAGGCUUCGAGUUGGCCAGGCAGGGAAGGGGGACGGAGGUAUCCACUGCAGAGCCCCCUGCUGCUUUCCCAAGGGGAGAGCCCUCUCCCAGCCCUGCUCCAUGUGGUACGAUGUCAGGGGUCACCAGAAACCUUCUUCCUAAAAUGCCAUCUUUAGACACGGUCUCUGGAUUGAGGGUCCUGGGAGGCCAAGAAUGACCCUCUACGUCAUCUCCCCUGUGAGGGCUUUUCUGUCUUGAGGGCUCAGUAUUUAUUUGAAAGGCAGGCUUUGAGUCUCUGGGUGGGCCUUUCUGUGUCCUGACACUAUUGAGCCUUGGGCUGGAUUGCUGGUGGUGGGGGCUGUCCUGUGUGGGGGGUUCAGCAACCUCCCCAGCCACUGCCCCCCACUGCUGGUUGUCUUUGUCCGUCUGUCCAGGCUGCCUAACACAGCACCAUGGAUUGAGCAGCUUAUGCACAACAGAAAUGUAUUUCCCGUGGUUCUGGAGGCUGGGAAGUCCGAGACCGUGGUGCCAGCAGAUUUGGUGUCUUGGAGAGGUUCUGUUCCAGCUGUCUUCUUGCAGGACCUGGCCGAGUGCAAGCUGGUUUCCUUCCCCGUCGGCAUCUACAAGGUCCUGCGGAAUGUCUCCGACCAGAUCCACCUCAUCACCCUGGCUAACAACGAGCUCAAGUCCCUCACCAGCAAGUUCAUGACCACGUUCAGUCAGCUCCGAGAGCUCCACCUGGAGGGGAACUUCCUGCACCGCCUGCCCACUGAGGUGGGCAGCCUGCAGCACCUCAAGGUCAUUGACCUGUCUCGGAAUCAGUUUCAAGAUUUCCCUGAGCAGCUCACCACCCUGCCCUCGCUGGAGACCAUCAAUCUGGAGGAGAAUGAGAUCGUGGCAGAUGUGCCCGUGGAGAAGCUGGCCGCCAUGCCCGCCCUACGCAGCGUCAACCUCCGCUCCAACCCUCUGAAUGCCGAGGUGCGCGUGAUCGCCCCGCCACUCAUCAAGUUUGAUAUGCUCAUGUCUCCAGAGGGUGCACGGGCCCCUCCACCUUAGACCACCCUCCUCAUUACCAUCCCAGGGACAGAGGCCAUUGGCCUGUCACCUGAAAGGAGGGAGGCCCAUGGGAGGCUAAGCUGGGGGGCUGAGGGUGGGUAGGCCAAACAGAGUGUGGCGGGAGUAGGGUGCAGCGAGUCCAGGAUAGCUAGUUUAGAGCAGUAGAGGCCCUGGAGCAUUGAGAAGGAGGAGGCUGAGUGGGGGCUGGAGCCUGGAUAGUGGGCACACAGCUGCUGUGCAAACUUGAGCAGAUCCCCUACCCUCUCUGAGCCUUGUUGCUUGGGAGGAGGGAUCCUGGCAGAGGGCUUUGGCCUCCUUUAGAAUCCUUGGAGGUUUUAGCUUCAAAUCACCAGGCACCCUCUGAGCCCACAGAUGAGUGCAGCUGAGCAUCUUCUGGGCCUCCGUGGGCUGGAGGCCUUGUUUCUAGUGCUGAGAGCCAAUGGCUUCCCUGAGAGGAGUGGAAGACAACCCUCCACCUGCUGCUUCCUGAGAACUGAGGAUGAAGCCUUUCGCCAUGCCCCUCCUUCACCACCUGGCUCCCUGGGCCGGCAGGAGCCUGAGCGGGAGACCCAAGAAGGCCGUGGCCUCGAACAGGGCAAGACGUUCUGCAGACGCCAUGCACCCUGAGGAUGGACCCUGGGGAGAAAUCAGGGCAGCUCUGUCCUUCCUUUUGAUGAAGACUGAGUGGGCAGGAAGUUCUGAGCACUCCACACCUCCCCGGGGAAAGACUGUCCAGCUGUGCCUGGUCCUCACCCCUGAGCUGCAGGAGAGGUGGCCCAGGGACAACAAUGCCAUUUGUGUCUGUGGCUAUGGUCCGAGUAAUUAGCUGCCCCCCCCACGGUCUCUUUCCCUUGUCAUGGCCCCUUGGGGGCAGAAGACACUGCGGAUCGUUGGCUCCAGAGCUACCACCCUGCUGACCUAGCCAUUGUGAGGUCCUCACCUGGAGUCUAGGGUUUGGCCAGGGAGUAUGGUGACCAGCCAUCCUGGCUUGUCAGGGACUGAAGGUUUCCUGGGAUGUGGGGCUUUCAGUGAUAAAACUGGGGCAAGUCGAGAUGGCAGGCCCCCCACCUGGCUCUUGCUUUCUGGUAAACAGUGCUUUGGAGAACCCCGACUUUCUGAUGCCCCAGGUGGCUACAUCUCACUUUCUCAUGGGAGGAACAAGGGCUUCCCCAGAGCCCACCUGCUCUGCACCUAGGUGUGGAUCUGUGCAGACCCCUGAGGCCUUGGGCAGAGCUGGGCCACUUACCACACCUACAGUCCGGCUCUCCAGAGGUCUGACCACCAGUCAGAGCAGUAGCCUGUCUCAGAGGCGCCCCAUGUGCUUCCCCCUUCCAGGUCUCCUAUGUCUUGGCAAGGAGCUGACAUUGUUGGUCACUGAAUACUUAGUGUCCCAAGAGAGAGACCUUGUCCAUUCUGCUCAUAUCUCAAGGCCUUCCUGUCCUUCUGAAAGAGGGUUUCCAGGGCUGCUGAGUUCAGCUGUGGACACUGGGCAGGUGGGGGCUACAGUGCAGUCCGGGCUGGGCUGCCCCCCGCCCCCCACCCCCCAUGCUCUGGAGCCGGGUCUCUCCUGGUGGAAGAGGCCAUCUCAUGGCCAGAGCCUUGCACCUCAAAGCAUGAUCUGAGGGCCAGCAAUGGCUGCAUCACCUGGGAGCUUGUUUGCAACGCAGGAUCCUGGGCCCACCGCAGUCUUCCUGCAGCAGAAUCCGCAUUUUAAUAAGAUUCCCAGCUGAUUCCUACAAGUAUGUUAUAGUUUGAGAAAUGAGGGCCUAGGGGUGACCCUGGGCAUGUCCUCGGGUUGGAGGGCAAAGGCUUUCUCGGUUCUCCCCUGCCACCCCCAGGGAUGUGAGUCUGGGCUCAGCCUCCUUCCAACCCAGCCCUGGGAGACCCGUAGCCUCUUGGAUCUCUCCAGAGUCUGCAUGACACUCCCUUUGAAGGGGGUGAUCGCAUCACCAGGAGAUGAGGGUUGGGUGUGCGUGGCCAUCUGGAUCCUACCUCUGGUUCACCCCUGCAUGCCAGGCGGCCUGCUCCAGGUCCUAUCCCUGGCCCUGUGAGAGGCUGCUUCUGGAAGUUCCUUCUACUCUGCUUAGACAGCAGGCCCUUGCCUCUCUGGGAAAGCGUGGGCAGUCGGAGGAGCUCCCAAAUCCAGGCUCACAGUGUGAGCGAGCCCUUAGCUUCAGUCUGCAAUAAAGAAUGUGUUGGUUCCCUCUGCC